CUGCCAUUUACUGUAAUGUAUAAAUGGAUGUGAAAGAGAAGACUUGCGAGGCCAACAUGAAUAGCAUGGAGGAGAGGACUGUAAAUUUUGAGGAGGAGGACUGUGAGUGGGAGAGUGUCCAUCCUAAACAGGGGAGUCUGAGCAUUAAGGAAGGGGACCAUGAACUGGGGUCAAUGAGUAAAGAGGAGUCUUCUAUCAAUGUAAAAUAUGAAUCAUUACAGUCGGACACAAAGACGAUUGAAGAAAUUUCAUCUCCUAGAACUUGGGGAGGUCAGUCACCACCUAAGACAUCAUCUGAAACAAGAAUCAAACUUCACUGCUGUUCUGAAUGUGGCAAACAGUUUUCACAAAGAAGCCAUCUUCUACACCACCAAAGAAUUCACACAGGGGAGAAUCCAUAUUGCUGUUCUGAAUGUGGUAAAACGUUUUUACAGAAAAACAAGCUUCAGAGCCACCAAAGAAUUCACACAGGGGAGAAGCCAUAUGACUGUUCUGAAUGUGGCAAAAUGUUUUCACACAAACAGUAUCUUCAGCGUCACCAAAGAAUUCAUUCAGGAGAGAAGCCGUAUUGCUGUUAUGAAUGUGGCAAAAUGUUUUCACACAAACGGUAUCUUCAGACCCACCAAAGAAUUCACACAGGAGAGAAGCCGUAUUGCUGUUUUGAAUGUGGCAAAACGUUUUUACGGAAAUACUAUCUUCAGAGCCACCAAAGAAUUCACACAGGAGAGAAGCCAUAUUGCUGUUCUGAAUGUGGCAAAAUGUUUUCACAGAGAAAGGGUCUUCAGCACCACCAACGAAUUCACUCAGGAGAGAAGCCAUACUGCUGUUCUGAAUGUGGUAAAACGUUUUCACGGAGAAACAGUCUUCAGACCCACCAAAGAAUUCACACAGGACAGAAGCCAUUUGACUGUGCUGAAUGUGGUAAAACAUUUUCACAGAGAAGCCAUCUCAAGAGCCACCAAAGAAUUCACACAGGACAGAAGCCAUUUGACUGCUCUGAAUGUGGUAAAACGUUUUCAUGGAGAAACAGUCUUCAGACCCACCAAAGAAUUCACACAGGACAGAAGCCAUUUGACUGCUCUGAAUGUGGUAAAACGUUUUCACAGAGAAGCUCUCUUCAGAGCCACCAAAGAAUUCACACAGGACAGAAGCCAUUUGACUGUUCUGAAUGUGGUAAAACAUUUUCAAAGAGAAGCAAUCUUCAGACCCACCAAAGAAUUCACACAGGACAGAAGCCAUAUGACUGUUCUGAAUGUGGUAAAACAUUUUCACAGAGAAGUAAUCUUCAGAGCCACCAAAGAAUUCACACAGGACAGAAGCCAUAUGACUGCUCUGAAUGUGGUAAAACGUUUUCACAGAGAAGCUUUCUUCAGACCCACCAAAGAAUUCACACAGGACAGAAGCCAUAUGACUGUGCUGAAUGUGGUAAAACGUUUUCAUGGAGAAGUAAUCUUCAGAGCCACCAAAGAAUUCACACAGGAGAGAAGCCAUUUGACUGUUCUGAAUGUGGUAAAACGUUUUCAUGGAGAAACAGUCUUCACAGCCACCAAAGAAUUCACACAGGGGAGAAGCCGUAUUGCUGUUCUGAAUGUGGAAAAAAGUUUUCACAGAGAAGCAAUCUUCAGAAACACAAAAGAAUUCACACAAGAGAGAAGUGUUUGAAUUAG